AUGGGUGACGAUCCAUGCGAGUGUCUUUUCAAUCAUGAGGCGGCUAUGAGACGACUGUUAUCAUUGUUACGCGACACCCAGGACUACUGUACAGAUUCGGAGUGCUUGACUGAUGGUGGACCAACGGCAAUUGCGAGCAAUUCGAUAUUGCUCUGGACGAUGCUGUGGGGCUUCCUGGCUUUAGUACUGUUCUUUAUGCGCCCAAAUUCUAUGCGAGGAAAUUCGAAUAGGAACGAGAAACCUGGGCCAAGCAACGAUCGCAAUAAUCAACCACCACCGCCUGCAAUCAUGUAA